AGCUAAACGAUUCUAUCUGCGCUCAGCUGUGUGACUCAGGCAUGCAGGGUCUAGAGAGAGCAACCAGGUUUUGCAGUGAGAUUGCCCCUGGAGCUGUCAGAGUACUACUUCCUCUGGAGACCUCUCCUUCUGAUCUGAAAUAUGCAUGUUGGAAUUUAUCCCUCAGCACUGCUGAAGAUGGAGUGGAAGAGUGCGUUUGAGAGGGUGAUGAAGAGUGAGCCCUCAUCCGUAAGUUUGGAUGCUGAAGAGGGCGAUUGAUCAAGCAGGAUUCAGCAGGUCCAGAGGAGUUCCUCAGGGCUCAGUGCUGGGUCCUCUUGUGUUUCAGACUGCACCCAUAAAGUUCCACUGGGAUCUGAAGUCAUGAUUGAAAUAAAGGAGUUUCUGAGUGUUGCUGUAGGACCCAGAUCUGAUGAAGAGGUUUUCAAUGUUCAUCAGAUUGAGUCUUUGCUAGACAGAGUGGGACAAACACUUGGAUGCAGAAAACUCCUCUCUCCCGUGGUUGAGCAGAUGUUGUUGCAUUGUACUGUUCAGUUGGCCUGCAAACUUGUAUCUGGGGAGCUGCCUCUAGUGUCCUCAGCCGAGGGUAACAAGAGACUCGCUCUUCUGGAAAAGUUUGUAGUUCUGUGGGCUCAGACUCCCUCUCCACCUCUGCACCUUCUCCUCAGUGAACCCACUUUGACUGCUAUUUUUAGUGCCACAGAUAGUGAGAGGACUGACUACCUGUUCCUGAUAAGACAGCUAAUAGAGAGGGGUCUUUUAGGAGAGGAGGAUUUGGGCACCAACUGGCCAAAGUUGUCAGCGUUAUCUUGGCCAGAGGAGUCUUCACUGCCUUCACUGCCAAACCACAGGGACAUACUGCAGGUCUCUCAAUGACCACUAGGGGGACGCAUGAGUCUACAUUACCAACUGUACACAUGAAUCCCAGCCAAACACUAUUGUAUUAACAGCAGUGAUGCAUAUUUGAAGAAAAGAAAUAAUGUUUAAACCUACAAAAUAUAGGAUUUAAAAAAUAUUUUAAAGUCUGAUUUAUUGUUAGUUGCAAGGAGAAUAUUUGCUGCUGAAGAAUGUUGAGUUGAUAAGAUUGUUAUUGACAGUUUAUAAACCUUUAAAACACAUUUUGUGGGGACAUUUUAGCAGGGCUUUGCCAGUUUUCACUUAUACUGCCUCACAAUAGAACAGGAUAAAGACCAUUCACUGUGCUGUUUAUUUGUUUUAAGUGUGUGUAAAUGUUUUUUUGCUUGUUUGUUGGUGAGUAUGUCUGUCUGUAUGUUUCUUAGUAUAUAUUUGCGGAAAGUUUGCAAUUUGUUCAUGUUGGACAGUGUUUUCAUCUUUUUAAUGCUAAACCUAUCUAAUGUAAUAAAAUGUAAUUUUGUGAAUAUGUGUAAGUAUCUCUCAUGUGUUCUUUCAUGUAGCUCAGCUGGAGUCCAUAUACAAGGCUGCACUUCUGACAAAUUUCAUGGGAAUUGACCAUUUUAAAAUGGAAAUC